GACUGAAGAGGCAGGUAAACCCGCCGAAGCGGACAGGUGGUGGGGGUCGCGGCCCGGAGAGGAGCUGCCGGGAGUUCGCGCCCUGCAGGACAUGACACAAGUGGCACAUACCGGACAUGGGGUCCCAGCAUUCCGCCUUUGCUCACCCCUCUUCCUGCAGGCGAAAGAAAGAUGACAGGGAGGAUUUGCUGGCUGAACGGGAGCAGGAAGAAGCCAUCGCUCAGUUCCCAUAUGUGGAGUUCACCGGUCGAGACAGCAUCACCUGUCUCACAUGCCAGGGGACAGGCUACAUUCCAACAGAGCAAGUAAAUGAGUUAGUGGCUUUGAUCCCACACAGUGAUCAGAGAUUGCGCCCUCGGAGAACUAAGCAGUAUGUCCUCCUGUCUGUCUUGCUGUGUCUCCUGGCAUCUGGUUUGGUGGUUUUCUUCCUAUUUCCGCAUUCGGUCCUUGUGGAUGAUGACGGCAUCAAAGUGGUGAAAGUCACGUUCAAUAAACAGGACUCACUGGUAGUCCUCUCCAUCACGGCCACCCUGAAAAUCAGGAACUCCAACUUCUACUCCGUGGCGGUGACCAGCCUGGCCAGCCAGGUUCAGUACAUGAACACAGUGGUCGGGUCAUACGUGACGACAAACGUCUCCCUCAUUCCACCGCGGAGCGAGCACCUGGUGAAUUUUACUGUGAAGGCUGAGAUGGGAGGACCAUAUUCCUAUGUGUACUUCUUCUGCACAUUACCGGAUAUCCUGGUUCACAACAUAGUGAUCUUCAUGCGAACUUCAGUGAAAAUUUCGUACAUUGGCCACGUGACCCAGGGCUCCUUGGAGACACAUCACUAUGUGGAUUGUGGAGCAAAUUCCACAGCUGUUUAGAAACUGCCCUUGGCUCUUCCAGGGCAGCACCUGUCAGAAGAGACACAGCAUCUGUUUCCAGGACCUGAGUUCCAUACCUACCCCAGGUGGUAGAAGGAGAGGAGAAAUUGAUUCUCUUAAUCCCCAGUGAACAUCCUCCUAUCACUUGGGAAGAAAACUCCUCUUUGUAGCAUCAUUUAUGUUUCUCAGAACCAGCAGAAUCACUGCCCAGUGCCUGGCCUUAUGCCCAGCAAAUAGUAGGCACUCCAAGAAGUUUUGAAGAAUUUAAUUCAGAUCUCUUCAGCUGUUCUUGGGACAUUAUAACCUGAAAUCAUACCGUGGUUCUAGGUCCUCAGACCACAGAGGGAUAUGGAGACAGGACUGUUAGGACAGCUGCAGAACUGUCAUCCGGGCCUCAUCUGCACAGGAGAGGCAGCGAGGAGGGAACGUUUGAAUAUGUAAAAGAAGAAAGCACAGACCGUUCAAUAUGUGAAAUUUUUUCAUCUGUUCUUAAAUGCCUAGAACUUAAAGCAAACUUUUUUCCUGUAGAAAGUUACAAUUGUUUUUACCAAGAAUCCAUAUGAGCUUGAUUUACCCUUCGUCCAUUGGCUGGAACAUGGAUUGAGGAUUUGGUAGAAAAAUAAACCCUGCUUUUGCUUCA